AUGGUGUUCAAGCGCUAUGUGGAAAUUGUCCAGGUGGCCUAUAUUUCCUUUGGGUCAUACGCAAACAAGCUGGUAGCCAUCAUGGAUGUAAUUGAUCAGAACUGGGCUUUGGUGGAUGGCCCAUGCAGUGGGAUGCAGAGCCAGGCCAUGUCAUUUAAAUGUAUGCAGCUUACAGACUUCAUUCUCAAGUUCCCACAGUGCUGUCAGAAAUAUGUCCGGGCUGCCUGGGAGAAAGAAAACAUCCAUACAAAAUGGAAAGCCACAAGACGGGCCAAGAAGAUUGAAGCCAGAGAAAGGAAAGCCAAGAUGACAGAUUUUGAUCAUCAUAAGGUCGUGAAGGCCAAGAAGAUGAGAAACAGAAUGAUCAAGCAUGAAGUGAAGAGGCUCCAGAAGGCGGCCACCCAGAAGGGCUCUCCCGAAAAGGGAGCUGCCCAGAAGGCCCUGGCCUCAAAGGUCUCUGCCAAGAAGAUCCCCUCAAAGAAGUCUGAGGGUCAAAAGGCAGCCCUAGGCCAGAAGAGCCUGAAAACCCCUGGCCAGAAGGCCCCAGACAAGAAGGGAGCCGCUCAGAAGGCACCAGCUCAGAAAGCAGCUGCUCCCAAGGCCAAAAAAUAA